UGCAGCACCAGAUGCCAGAGGAAACCUCAGAAAUGUCGUCGCCACAACCCAAAGGACUACAGAUUUCUUCAGGCAGCAUUAUCGUCUCAGAAACUGAAAGUGCUGCCAAAUCGCAUGAACAAGACAUGAGGAGAAGGAGGAGGGCGAUACGACAAAGCCCGUUCAAAGUGCCAGACAGUAAUAGCAUUUUUCUGCUCAGCGUAAAUGAAAAGGGAGUCCAAAAAGAGGAGAUGCGUAAAUUCCUGGCUCUGCCGAUUGAUGAGAAGGCGACCCACGCUGCACAGAUGAUGGCCAAGCUGAAGAAAGACCUGGAGGGAGAACUGGAGGAGGAGGAGGAGGAGGAGGAGGAGGAGGAAAAGGAGAAGAUGAAGAAUCUAAAACAAAUCAGGAGUAAGACAACUAUCCCUAAACAAACUCCAGGCAGACGUGAGCUGAAGGUGGCCAUGAUGAAACGAGAAAACUUCACAAAAGAGAGCAAACAUGACUUAAUCUCCAUGGAACGGCAGAAGGCCGUGUUGGAGUUAUCUCUGAUGACGAAGAGGAGCGAGAUCUUGAGGAUGGACAAGGCCAUUGCAAAAGACGAGAGGAAGAUUAAACAGCUCGAAAAGAUUAUUGAGAGAGACAACCUCAGCUUUGAAGAGUUCCUCAGGGAGAAUGAGAAGAAGUCUGUGGAGGCCAGAGCACUUUUUGAACAGGAGGCCAAGUCCAAACAGAAGAAAAAUGCUGAGAUCAAGAAACUGAAUGGUGAAAUAGGGACCAUAAAAAGUGAAAUCGCCAUGUCUGAAGAAAUCCUGAUAGACUACAAGAGAUACAAGGAGCUUCUGUUCAAGCUGUCUCCUCCAGAGUGGCAGGAGGCCCAGAAAGCCAAGGCUUUGAAGGUUAAAGUCCCACCUGACACAGACACACAGGACAAGCAAGAAAGGGAGGGGUCCACAAGUGGGAACGGUUUGGAGGAAAAGGUGUCCAGUCCAGGCAGAGAGCUGUCUUCUAUCAGAGAGACCAGGCUGUCCUCAGCCCACAGCGACACACUGAUUACAAAUUCAAAGCUGGAUAGUGACAGCUCAGAGUAUGAGGAUGAGCCAGAGCUGUACUUUUCUGAUCCCCAGCAGCUUCUAGAUCUGCUGACUGAGCUGACAGAGCAAAACCUGUCCCUGAUUCAGAACUCUACAAGGGUGGAAGAGACGAUGGAGGAGCUCCGACAAUCCUUGGAGACAACCAGGAAGACGAUUGAAAAGGAGGAAGAGCAGCUAACUCUACAGAUAAACGACAUGAAACAGAGAAUCGACAAAGAGAAGACCAGAGGAAACAAGCUCAAACUGAGGGUUCAGCUCCAUGUGUCGCUAGAUGCAGAAGACCAGGAUGCAAUGCUUGAUGCUCUGGGUGAUAAGGUGGCAGAGGUGUAUCACAGCUGCAUGGACGACAGGAUCACCAACCUCAGCACCUUGGAGAAGCUCGCCAGUAUUGAGAACCGUAUGUCUUUACUGCUCCAGGACCUGGAGAGCAUCCCUGAAGAAAGUUUGGAGAUGAUGAAGAGGAUUAAGGACAGCGAGAGGAGGAGCAGGGAGCGUGAAGAAAAGCUGAGAGAGCAGAGAGAGAAACAGAAAGAAAGGAUGAGGAGGUAUUUGGAGAGAUCCCUGGCUGACUCCAAGAAAACAAGUGGGAGAAAGCUCAUGCCCAGAUGCAUGCCUGUUGCCCAGAAAGCCAAAGUCAGUGAUGGGGACAACGUCCCUGAUGAGGACGAGCUCCACGCCUACCUCUUCACCUCUGAGGACAUAGAGUAA